AUGGCUGAUUCAACAACUUCUAAUGCCACACGCGCAUGCUCUCAUUUCCUACCAACGGUUACAUUAUUCGACUGGUGGCUCGUUAAAUCUCCAGAUAACCGUUUAUCCAUCUCCGGCAUCUCUUCCAGAAAGGGAGAAGCUGUUCGCGUGUUUAAUUCUUCUCCUAUUGUUGAAAGAUUCGAUGUGUAUUCCCUUAAGACUGCCGAUGGUAUAUACAUUUUGAUUAGGGGUAUCAUCAAUGAGGAGCGCACCUUGGAAAAAGGUUUUACUCCUGAGAUUUUCAAUGGUUUUUACACUGGCUUUCCUCCAAACUGGGAAACUUGUUGGUUUGCACAUUACGUUGGAGAACAAGUAGAACCUGCUACUGAUUCAGUCAAUGCUGCUAUGGGUAAUGUAUCUGCAAUUUGCGAAGACAUUUCGUCUGACGAAGAGGAAAAAUCCAUUUCUGUUUUGUUGGAAUUGCCUGAAGAAGCCCCAGAAAAUAACCAGACACCAUUCCUUGGAGAUGAAUGCGAAGUCUCAAAGGAGAUUUGUGGGGUAGAUGUUGCUUGUGGUAGUGGGGUAGAUGUUUUUGUUUUGUCGGAAUUGCCUGAAGAAGCCCCGGAAAAUAACCAGACAACAUUCCUUGGAGAUGAAUGUGAAGUCUCAAAGGAGAUGAGUGGGGUAAAUGUUGCUAGUGGUAGUGGUGUAAUUAGACGUAGUACCAGGUUGCAUAGUAUAAACGUCUGUCCGCAGCAGAAGAAGAAAAAUAAGGCGAAGCAGCAACCUACGUCUAGAACUCCUCUCAAGCAUCCACAUGAAGAGCCAAGCUCUACCUCCAAGGCAGUGGAAAAUCGUUAUUCGGAUACUGUGCAUCUUGAUAAUGUAUCAGCAAUUCUUCCAGAAAUAUCAUCUGGUGAUGAGGAAAAAUCCAUUCCUGUUUUGUCGGAAUUGCCUCAAGAAGCCCCAGAAAAUAACCAGACAUCAUUCCCUGGUGAUGAUUGCGAAGUCUCAAAGGAGAUGCGUGGGGUAAAUGUUGCUAGUGGUAGUGUUCAAAAUAGACGUAGUACCAGGUUGCAUAGUAUUAACGUCUGUCAGAAUCAGAAGAACAAAAAGAAGCCGAAGCAGCAGCUUACGUCUAGAGUUCCUCUCAAGCACCCACAUGAAGAGCCAAGCUCUACCUCAAAGGCAGUGGAAAAUCGUGAUUCAGAUACUGUGCAUCUUGAUAAUGUAUCAGCAAAUCUUUCAGAAAUAUCAUCUUGUGCUGUGGAAAAUUCUUUUCCUACUUCAUCGGUAACACCGGAAAAGGCCACAGGACAUUGCAAUAAGUUAUUCCUUGAAGGUGAAGAAGAUAUGUCAAUUAAGACGAGUGAAGCCAAUGUUGUUCAUGGUAGUGACGGGAAUAGACGUAGUGGCCGGUUGCGUAAUGUUACAUCCUUCCAGAAGAAGCAACCUGCUACUGGAGGUCCGACAACACGUCGAAGUAAAGACCAGAUCUCUGCCUCAGCAACCACAGAAAAGAGUGAUGGGGGGCUGGAAAAUCUCUCGACACCCGUUCAGUCACAAAGUGGAAUAGUAAAAACGCUGUCUGGGCAAGUCACUAAUAAAUUCAGUUCCAAAAUUUCCAAAACUUCUUCAGCAAAAACUGAAGUGGGUCAUAAGAAAAAAAAGGUGACAGUUGAAACAGAAGCGGUCAAUCCUAAGAGAAAAGUUAUGAAAUCCUCAUCUUCGGUAAAAUCUCCCCAAGGAAGGGAUGCAAGUCACUUGAACAAGGGAAGUAAACAGGGACUAUCCAUAGUUUCCCCGGAGUCACUAAGUGUUAAAAAAUCCAGAUCUGGUAGGUUACUUCUACCUUCCUUGGAGUUUUGGCGCAAUGAAAUACCCAUUUAUAAUGCGGACCGUGAGAUUAAAGAAAUUCAGCAAGACUUGACUACGACACCACCUUUUAGAUGCUUUUAG